CUCAUUACCAUCCACAAUUUUUCUCCAAGCAUCAAACAUUAGUUUCAAUUCUAAACAAAUCAAUUAGUUUCCCUUAAUGGCAAGUACAAGCAGAACCACAUCGCUACAAGUUCAGCCUCCCAGAUACGGGAAUCUUAUAACUGUUCUUAGCAUAGACGGCGGAGGAAUUAGGGGAAUCAUCCCUGGAGUUCUUCUCACUUAUCUUGAAUCUCAACUUCAGGAACGAGAUGGUGAAGAUGCAAGGCUUGCAGACUACUUCGACGUGAUUGCUGGGACAAGCACAGGUGGUCUAAUUACGGCCAUGUUAGCAGCACCCGACGAAAACAACAGGCCGCUAUUCGCUGCCAAAGACAUCGUGCCUUUCUACCUUGAUAACUGUCCUAAAAUAUUCCCACAAUCAAGGGGAUUGUGUGCCUCAGUUACAGAUCUGGUUAAAGUUCUAAUAGGACCAAAGUACGAUGGGAAGUAUCGGCACAAGCUAAUAAGAGAUAUUGUAGGGGACAAAAGAUUGAGCCAGACAUUGACAAACGUGGUUAUUCCAACUUUCGACAUCAAGAAACUACUUCCUGUCAUCUUUUCCUCCUAUCAGGUGUCAAGCUAUCCAGUCAAGAAUGCUCAACUUUCAGACAUUUGCAUCGGAACCUCAGCAGCGCCUACUUACUUUCCUGCCUACUAUUUUGAGAACCAUCAACAAGGAAAAACAGAAGAAUUUAACCUCAUUGAUGGUGGCGUGGCCGCUAAUAAUCCGGCUUUGGUUGCCAUUAGUGAAGUGACAAAACAAAUUAUGAGAAAGAAUCCAGAUUUCUCGGAGGUGCCGCCCAUGGAACUAUACAAACGGUUUCUACUAAUCACGUUGGGGACGGGUUCAAACAAGAUUGAACUGAAAUACAGUGCUAAGAUGGCUUCCAAGUGGGGGAUUCUUAGCUGGUUAUACGAUGAUGGCUCUUCUCCUUUACUGAAUUGUUAUAAUAAAGCAAGUUCGGAAAUGGUUGAUUACCACAACUGUGUGGUUUUCCAAGCUCUUCAAUCUGAAAACAACUACCUCAGGAUUGAUGAGGACACACUAACGGGAAAUUUAUCUUCAGUGGAUAAAGCUACAAACGAGAACUUGGAAAAUCUAAUGGAAGUUGGAAAGCAAUUGCUUAAGAAACAAGUUUCACGUGUGAAUGUGGAUACAGGUCUAUAUGAACCAGUUGAAAAUGAGGGCACCAAUGAAGAAGCACUUCAAAGGUUUGCUAAAUUACUUUCGGAUGAAAAGAAAUACAGGGAGUCGAAAUCACCAAGGCCAAAGACAAAGGAGGAGUUCCGCAAGACUUCAAACUGGAGUUUUGUGAUGCAGACAGAUGUUAAGAGAUCAAAACUUCCUUCAGAUGCAGCUGACAUUAUGAUGGAAGAUGUCUCAUUAUUGACAAAUCUUCUGCAAUAUCAUGUUGCUAAGGACAAGCUGGUAUUUUGCAGAACAACGUUAACCAGAUUUGUGCCUGAAGUGCAUGGUUCUAUGCAGCCUGUCCCUCAUGCUCAAAGAAAAUGAGGAAAAAGCCACGGAGUCAACUACUAUUAAUCUGCCGAGAUCAUGAAAUGCAGGUCUCACUUUAUAGGUACAAACAAAGACUCUAAGUAACAGAUUAGCCACUUUAUUUUCAGGAAGGACCCUGUGCACAUGUCAUCGAAAGAGACUUGACUGAGCUGGUGAGAUGUUGCAUGCAGCUGGGGUGGGGUGGGGUGGUUAUCAAUAAAUUGAUUGAUUUGGGUCUUGAGGAUUGUGCAAUGAGGUUAUCAAUUAUAGUAUUUGCUUAGUGGAGCUUAGUAUCAUUCUGUUUGGUAUAGCCAAAUUGCAGGGAGAGGAGACUAGAGUUGCUUGCAAACUCAUGGAGAGCUAAGGGUGGUGUUUUCUUGAUUGGCUGCUCCACUUUCAGAAACUUAUCUCUUGGAAACUGGAAUUCGGAAGGUGACCUGAAUUUCCUAACAUCAUCCUCCAUGGCAUUUGCUUCCAUCAGAGUGGUUCAGGACGGAUACAGAGAUGUACUGAAGUUAGCUGAUAACUUUGGGUCAUCUAUGUAAAAUCUGAUCCUAGGUCUUGGUUGAAGUAUGCUUACAGAGUUGUUUCCGAUCAAAUGAAGAAGGCAAUGUAUUUCCAUUUCCUUGAUGGAGCUGCGUGAAUUAUUUUGUGAAUUGAGUAAGGAUGCUUCAUUCUAUUUUGGUCAGUUCCUUUGAAGCUUGAAGUGAUCUCAUGAUUCAAGUGAAGGGAAGCAGAUAUUUGCUUCACAGGGUACACUCAUAAAGUUCCUCACAGAUUCCAAUUGUCACACAGUUUCCACUUCUGUCAAAGUGUUUAAGGCUGCAAACGCUCUGCUUUGAAUAUGUAGAAACUUAUAAUCCAACUGCAUGAUUUUCCGAGUGGAGUUUAGGCAUUUGAGCACGGCACAGAAUUCUGCUAUGGAAUCAAAAUCACCCUCAAUGCCUUUCAGAUCAAUACACAAAUGAGCUCCGGGCGGUUGUACGAAAUGUGUUCAAAAAAGAUCUUCAUGAAACUGAGAACUGCAUUUGAUUACUGUUAGUUAUUAGUUCACUUAGAAAGAGAGCAAUUGGUUAUUGCUCUAUGACCCGAAUGCAGUUAUACCAACUACAGUAAUUUUUCAUUUCAUUUAAACAAAGUCUUUGUUAUCGAUGCUAAUCAAACACUUCAAAACAAACAAAAUUUA